GUCAUCCAAAAACUCAUUAGCAAUAAUCAUUAAAUUAUCGAAAUUGAAUGAAUUUACUGAUUUCACCGCUGAAAAAAAAAAUAACACGUUUAAAUGAAGACGAGUCGAAAAUUUCAUAUUUUAUUUAUAACAUUUUUGUGAAGUGAAAAUUAUGGACAGUGUAUAUAUUCCAAAUCAAAAUGAGCAUAUCGUUCCUCGUAAAGUCAGACCGCAGAAUAUUGUAUGCCAUUUGAUGAGACGUGAACAUGGGAUUUCACACCGGCCUGGUACACAUCAGCAUGCUAUUCGUGAUUUUUACAAAUGUAUUCAUCCCAAUUUAACCGUAAUAAAUGUGGAAAAACCAGCCGGAUUCCUGAGAAAGUUCAGUCCAGAUGGAAAGUAUCUGAUUGCUUUCACUUUAGACCAGACUUCAUUGGAAAUUUACCAAUUCAAUGGUGUUGUGGCAGCCGCUCAAUUGAUCAAUGCAUGGAAAACUGAAGUCGUCCCAAACACAAAUACCGACUUACCGUACACAAUACGAAGUCAAAUAUUUGAUAAGCUAUUUAAGCUGAAAGCAACAGUGAAUGUAGCGACAGCAGGCAAACAGUUGAAUCGAGAGUGUAGUCUUUUCACAAAUGAAAGUAGAUAUGUGAUUGUUGGGGCGGCUUCAUACAUUGUGGAUGAUCAAAGGCCACCCUUCUAUGAUUUAUAUACAACGAAUGACGGGAUAACACCAACGCUAAGGUCGCCACUUGAAGAUUACUCGUUGUAUAUGGUGGAUUUGCAUACGGGUCGGGUGACCAGCCACAUCAAUUACAAAUGUGAUAAAAUUUUCCUUUCACACAAUCAGGGCAUCUAUUUGUACAAUAAUUUGUUUGCCGUUUUGUCGGUGCAGCAUCAAACAAUCUUCCUUUAUGAAGUGAUAGACGGAAUUUUCUACAAUAUUUUGAAAAUCGGACGAUUUUGCAGCGAAGAAGAUGUGUAUUUAUACAAUUCCGUGAAUGAGACACAAGUGCCCAUUCGUGAAGCCACAAUUGGCAGCUUGAAACAUAGAUUUUUAGUACAUUUGUAUAGAACGGCAAAGGCUGAAUCGGAGCGCAUCAACAAUCAAUAUCCUCUGCGUAAAUUUUAUCAGUUUUUCGAUCAAUAUCGACAGUUACGCAUUUGGAAAAUGCAACUUCUGGAUGAAAAUCUACUCCUAAUUAAGUAUGCCAGUGAAGCCGUUGUCACACUCAAGGCGCACGAACCAAAUAGUCAACCAGCCUUUUUCGUCUUCUACAGUAUUUGGGAUAGUAAAGUAUUAGCCGUCUAUGAUAAUCAAUCCGAUGAUUUAUUAUAUUUGUUCGAGAAUUUCAGCGAUUGUUUUCGUAACACUUGGAUGCAUCAUCCAACACAGUUUUCUUGCUCGCCCAAUAACAACCUCUACGCUAAACUGCAACAAAACCGUUUCAAACAGACAAUUGUUAGUGCGAGAGGUGGUGGAAUUGUCGAAGCAACCAAAAGACUUCUUUCUCAAUUGCCGAUUAGUGCUCAAAGCUACAGCAAUUCUCCGUAUUUAGACCUAAGCUUAUUCAGCUACGAUGACAAAUGGGUUUCGAUGUUGGAGCGGCCAAAAGCAUGUGGCGAGUAUCCAAUACGAUUUUUUGGUCGGGAUUCUGGUUUACUCAAAUUCCGAAUCUAUCCCGGAUUACAAGAUCGACGUUCGCAGCCCGUUCGCCGAUUGGUGGCGUUUACAUUUCACCCGUUCGAGCCGUUUGCAAUAAGUGUUCAGCGUAUUGAUAAUGACUAUGUCGUAAAUUUCCAUAUAAGAAAUUCCGAAACGGAAAUCUUCAAAUAGCAAUUGAUGAAAGCCUGUGAUGUCAUAUGAAGCUUAACAAAAGAAGCAGCACCUAUUAGAUAUAUAACAUCGAAAUUGUAUUGCUAAAAACAUCGAGUAACUGGAAAAAAAUGUUCUUUUCUUCAAACAUCUCAUUUUCGACGAUUUCAUCUUUUUUCGAAGACAAUAUUUAAAAAUAAACUUGUUUUUUAUUUACA